GUACGAGCGGGGAGGAUGAGUAGGGUGCGUUGGGAGCGGGGUGCGCGGGGAGCCAGGCCAGGAAGGUCCUCGGGGUGGACGUGCCGGGAGGAGGGUGCGCUGGGUGGAUAUGCGGUUAGCCGUGCCACGAGGUUGCGCGCCGGGAGGGUGCACUUCCUCCCGUCCGCCCACAGCCGGUCUUUCUCCGGCGUCCCCGGCCUCCGGUGGCGCACAGCGAUGUGUCUGUCGAUCUCCAGGCGAGGAUCCACCUGGUGGAGACGAUGCGAUGGGGGCGCAGCAGGUGGUUCAGGCCCACGGUCCGGGACUCAGCCCACCAGAAUUCCUCAGAAUCCAGGCCAAACUUACAUUUCCAGGGGCUCAAACCAGAGAGAUGAGGGUCCUGCCUCAGCUGGGAGAAUGGCCUCCUCAGUGGCCGAAACAAAGGAACUUGAAAAUCAUAGUGACUGCUGCGUAAAACUUUGCAAUCCAAAUGUAGCAACCAUGAAAGAAGAUGUCCUCUACCAUUUUAACCUCAGCACCGCCACACAUGAUUUCCCAGCCAUGUUUGGGGACGUGAAGUUUGUGUGUGUUGGUGGAAGCCCUUCCCGGAUGAAAGCCUUCAUCAGAUACGUGGCCUCAGAGCUGGGCCUUGACCGCCCAGGAAUGGACUAUCCCAACAUCUGUGCAGGGACAGACCGCUACGCCAUGUUUAAAGUGGGACCUGUGCUGUCUGUCAGUCAUGGUAUGGGCAUUCCUUCCAUUGCGAUCAUGCUGCACGAGCUCAUCAAGCUGCUGUACCAUGCCCGGUGCUCCGGCGUCACCGUCAUCCGCAUCGGCACCUCUGGUGGGAUAGGUCUGGAGCCUGGCUCUGUGGUGAUUACCCGGCAGGCAGUGGAUGCCUGCUUCAAGCCAGAGUUCGAGCAGGUGGUCCUGGGGAAGCGAGUUAUUCGGAGCACGGACCUCGAUGAGCAGCUCGUGCAGGAGCUGACACAGUGCUCUGCAGACCUGAGUGAAUUCACCACGGUCGUGGGAAACACCAUGUGCACCCUGGACUUCUAUGAAGGGCAAGGCCGCCUAGACGGCGCUCUCUGCUUCUACACGGAGAAGGACAAGCAGGAGUAUUUGAAGGCGGCCUACGCAGCUGGCAUCCGGAACAUUGAGAUGGAGUCCUCAGUCUUUGCUGCCAUGUGCAGUGCGUGUGGCCUCCGAGCGGCUGUGGUGUGUGUCACUCUCCUCGACCGCCUGAAAGGGGACCAGAUCAGCAGCCCUCACGAGGUGCUCGCCGAGUACCAGCAGCGGCCUCAGCGGCUCGUGGGCCACUUCAUCAAGAAAUGCCUCUCGGCGCCUGACGUCCCCUGAGCCUCAAAGGGGAGUGUUGUAAUUGGUGCAAAUAAAAUCAUUGUCAGAAUCUCC